AUGUUAUUUUCCAAAACUGUAUUUUUGCCAAAUCCAUUUAAAAUUUAUACUUCUUUAAUUACAAAAGCUUUUACCAUCAAACUAUCUUUAAUUUAUGUAUUAAAGCAAUUCAAGUUUAAAGCAUAAUUCUCUGAAUACGGAUGUACCAUUAAAUAAAAUUCACGAUUGUAAUACGAAUUUAUUUUAAAUAACAAAUCCCCAAUUGAAAUAAUCACUAUAAUUUGGCUAAUUAUUUUAACUCCAUCAUAGAUGCAAGCCAAAUUGUUAUCUCCUGAAACAACUUAACUAAUUAGAAAUAAAAGCAAUAAAGAAUGUAAAAUGUCCACCUUCACAUAAUUUAAAUUUUUUAGUAGCUAAAUCCUAUAUGAUCAAGCAGCAUCAUUACCUAAAUAUAUUAUAACAAGGAUUUCGAAAAAAUAUAAGCUUGAUUUAUAUAAGGCUUGGAUUAUUAUAAACAAUAGUCAUAUUAUUAGGAAACUAACUGAGAUUUGUUGCACUCGAACUUAUAUUUCAGCAAUGACUGUGCUAUUAGAAAAUUGAAUAUAUUGUAACCGAAAUAUAUUCUAAUCAGUGAUCAUUUUGCUUGAGCUGUGCCCUUAAAACUAAACCCUUCUACUAAGACUGACCAACUUAAGUAGCCAAGACAGGACUAAUUCCACAUUUUGA